GCCGCCGGCGUCUCGGGGGCUCCAGGCUGCGGGGCGGACGCAGCGCCAAGCGAUCCACAGCGGAGCCGCGCGAGGCCGCCCGAGCCCCGGCCCCGAGCCCCGAGCCCCGAGCCCCGAGCCAGCGCCGCCGCAGCCUCGCGCCAGCCGGUCCGCGGACACGCCGCCGCCGCCGCCGCCACCGGGAAGGCAGCCGGCGCCGAGCAAGUUGCGAGCGCGCCUCUCCGCCCGGGGAAAGUUUCCCCCGCGGCCGCCGGCGGGAGUUGGCGCGGGGUCCGGCUGCUGCUGCUGGAAGAGUUGAUCCUGAAGCCAUCAGAAAGCCACCUCAAGAGAAUCCUCACUCUCCUGGAAGGAACAGACGCCAGUUGAAAGGACAAGCUGGGCCAAUAAAAGAAUAUACAAGAGGCCCUCUGGCCGGGAGAUUCUGUCCUGCUGACGCCCAAAGAACUGCCCAGGUUGGAAAGAACAAGAUUCAGAGAGGUAGAGUGAUUUGCCCAAGGCCACACAGCAAACGGACGGUAGAACUGGGCUUGAACCCAGGCAGAACACCAUGGAAGGCGACUGUCUCAGCUGCAUGAAGUAUCUGAUGUUUGUUUUCAAUUUCUUCAUAUUUCUGGGUGGGGCCUGCCUGCUGGGCAUCGGCAUCUGGGUCAUGGUGGACCCCACCGGCUUCCGGGAGAUCGUGGCCGCCAACCCCCUGCUUAUCACGGGCGCCUACAUCCUCCUGGCCAUGGGCGGCCUGCUUUUUCUGCUCGGCUUCCUGGGCUGCUGUGGGGCCGUCCGUGAGAACAAGUGCCUGCUGCUGUUUUUCUUCCUGUUCAUCCUCAUCAUCUUCUUGGCGGAGCUCUCGGCAGCCAUCCUGGCCUUCAUCUUCAGGGAGAACCUCACCCGCGAGUUCUUCACCAAGGAGCUCACCAAGCACUAUCAGGGCAACAACGACACCGAUGUCUUCUCUGCUACCUGGAACUCGGUCAUGAUCACAUUCGGCUGUUGUGGCGUCAAUGGGCCUGAAGACUUCCGGUUUGCGUCAGUUUUCCGACUGCUGACUCUGGACAGCGACGAGGUGCCCGAGGCCUGCUGCCGAAGAGAACCGCAGACUCGGGACGGGGUCCUGCUGAGCAGGGACGAGUGCCUGCUGGGAAGGGACCUGUUCCUGAACAAGCAGGGCUGUUACACAGUGAUCCUCAACACUUUUGAAACCUACGUCUACCUGGCUGGAGCCCUCGCCAUAGGGGUGCUGGCCAUCGAGCUUUUCGCCAUGAUCUUUGCCAUGUGUCUCUUCCGGGGCAUCCAGUAGAGGGCGUGGCCUGGAGCCUGAAGCCUCACCCACCAUCACUGCCCAGCACCCAAAGCCCUCCCCUCCCCGGUGCCCCUGCCCUCUUGGCCCCAGGGGAGGAGGUGAGGUCAUGAUGAGUGGCCAGGAGAAGGGGCAGAGGAAAAUAGCUAUUUUUUUAACACAACAAAAUGAAGACAAGACUACAGAUUGAUGGACCCCGCCUGGUCUCCGGGUGGGUGCCAUGGGCUCUCUGCAGGGGUCCUGGCACCUGAACCCCAGGGAGGAGUCUGCACUAGAGACCAAAGGAACCCCAGGACCAGGUUCCCUCCUCGGUCCCACCAGCCUCUGGCAGCCCCGGGCCUGGGCCUUCUCCUCAGCUCCAGAUGCCAAGAAAGUGUGGAUUUAGCCAACAAGGAAGCAAAAGCAACUCUCAGAGGUCGACAAAGCCCCGGGGGGCCCCAAGGAGACUCAGUCACCAUGUCCUUAAGAACUUGGAACCUACGUUCAACCCCUGGUCCUCUGAGGAUGGAAUUAUCCCUGCCCCAGGCUGGGGCCAAGAGUGGGCUGCAGAUACUGGAUCCAAGAAUGGCCUAGCUGGCGGGGUCCUUGCUUCCCUCAUCUGUUGGAUCAAAUAAUCUGGAAAGCCCAGAGAGGGGUACUUUUUCAUUCACAGUCACACAGCAUAUGCAUGACAAUUCUGAACAAGAACCCAGUCGUCCCUCGGCUGCCUGUUGCUCCUUCCAGGCCUCUGUAGGUCCCAGCAGAUCUGCUGCUCACACCCCUCCCUGGCCUCAGCAUCCUGCCUUCCCCAGGAGAGAGAAAGCCAGCUGGUCAAGAACUUCCCAGCUCCACAGCUAAGAAAAUUCUGGACUGUCCUCCCUGCUCCCCUCCCACCUCCCCAUACUUCUUUCUAAGCCCCUAGGGACACACACACACACACACACACGACAGUCUCUUUUCCACACUGCCCACUUCUUCCUACAAGCCCAACCCCUUCCCUAUUCUCCAUCAACUCUGUGGCUCCCAGGGCUGGAAGGAACCCCCAAGAUCAUCUGGUUCUCCUCUCCCCACCCAGAACUGAGGCUUGGAUGUCUUCUGCAAGAUCUCUGCCAAGACUUCGCCACCCUCUUCUUGCAUACCUCCAAUGAUGGGGAGCUUACUACCUCCCAAGACAGACUUCUGUCUUCGGACUGCUUUGAUUUUUUAGCAUCAGCUCAGUGCACAUUAGAGUUCUCUGUUUUUCUCUGGUUCCAUCCAUGGCAUCCCACUCACUCUCUCUCCUUCCCAAAGUAUUAAGGCCACACAUUGCCUCCCCCAAGCCCCAUUUUCUGCAGGCUAAAGAGCUCCAAGACAUCUCAUUUCUGCUGCCACAUGGCUUCCUGUCCCUUCAUGGUCCAUAGCACACUUCUGAGUGUUUCUUCCAGGCUCGGGCAGGGAGAGGUUUUCCCCUAGACUCACACCCACACAGCACCCACAAACCAGUCCCUCAUACACAGGCCUCACAUUCUAGACCAGUGUUGGCAACUGUAUUGCAAGAUGCCUCCACCCCAGUGAAUCAGGAGUGACUGCCGGGGGCUGUUCAGAGGAUCUGAGCUUUGGCCUGGGGUCAGGGGGUGGGGAGGACAGCAUAAUCUUGAUUGGUGAUGUCAGCCAGACAAUUAAGGCUUGAUUAGUGAUGUCUGCCACAGGCAUGGCGUUGGGAGGGUAAGCAUGGUGCCCUCUCUCCUCCCCACAGCCCCCCUUCAGGGUCUGGGGGGAGCCCAUUCUGAAUCCCAGGCCCUGGGUCAGCUUCCAGCCUCCCAGCUUGCCAGCCACUGGGAGAGACGGAGCUAUGGCUGGAGCCCUGUGCCUCCCUGCUCUGCCACCGACCCCCUUUAGAGAUGCAGCCCUGAGCUCUGUGCCUGCUGUAAAAGUUGGGUUUGACCCUCCUCCCCACUCUCCCCUUCCCCAUCCCAUCCUUCUGCUGGCCCCCCUUCCCCCCCCCCCAGUCCCAGGCCCCCCUCCUGGUCUCCAAGCUGGGGCUUUCCAUAUUGUCCCUGUAACAGCCCGCCCUGGCAGCUCCGGACAUGAUGCCAUGAACUCCCCAGCGACUGGGCGUCCCCAGGACCCAGAGCGCCCUGCAGCUGGUAGCCCAGCCCAGCCUGAGCAAGGCCUUGGGCUUGCUCCUCUCUAGACCCACCCACCCACAUGCUUGGCUCCAGCUUCCUGGCAGAGGCAAAUGGCUGGUCUGAGGUCGACAAAAAUAAAAACAGCGGGACUUGAUCUCACGGGGCAGCCGUGUGGCUCCAGUCCAGGGGCAUCCCAGGCCUCCGGGUCCCAUCUGGUCCCCUAGCAGCCAGGAGAAUCUGGGGCCUUCAAGGUAAGAAGGGCCUGGCCUCUGGCACCCGCCCCCCUCCCUCCCCCAGUCUUGUCCAUUCCCACCCCUUGCCACCCCCCACCCCCGUGAGAAUCAGUGGGAGGCAGGGCAGGUCCCAGAGGAACAUCUGGCUGAGGCAGGUUCAAGGGCGGGUGGUGAGCCUCAUCCCCAAGGGCUUUCCCGAAAGGUACCAAGGAGCCCCGAAUCCGCCGCUGCCCACACCGGGGCUGGAAAGGGAGAGCGGGCAGUCUCUAGCACUGACCAGGCUGGUAGGGGUCUGCAAGGUUGUCUGCAGCCAUUCCGAGGCGUGAAGACUAGAGCCCAGCCCCAGUCAGGCUUGCCCCCUUCCCAGGCACUGAGAUCUAACUGGGCCGGUCCACAUACAGCCCAGGACAGGCAAAAGGUGCUUGCCCUCAGGGAAGAGCCCCUGCCUCUUGGAAGAGGGAAGCCAUCCAAAGGGUUUGGAGGCUCUCUUGUCCCUCUCGUCCUUCCAUGCCUAAGGGGCCCAGACCGGACACCCCAAACCAGCCAAGGCCCCAGCAUCCCCAUCUCCCAGAAGCCCCCUCUUCCCUUCCCCCCGUGGGUCCUAGGUCGAAAGUCUAUUUUGAAAACUGUAAAUGUUCCUUGCGGUAGAUAGCAGAGCUAAUUUAUCAUGUUUAUUUCCUGGGAGCCCCCCCUUUUUAUAUUCUAUAUCAAGAGGAGUUUUUGUAAUAUAAAACAGGACACCCACACUGA